AUGUCGCAUCCCCGGUCGAGGUCCCCAUCGGUCCCCUCUGAGGGUGAGAUCGUCGAAUCAGGCCCAGAGACGAAGGCAACUGCGUCAAAACUUCCUCUUAAUGGCACUAGCGUUGACCGUCCCACCAGAGCGAGCCAAACCCUGGCGUCCAGAUCUCCCGCAUCGUUCGAUGGCCAUCGCUCGCCACCCCGUCGGAGUUCACGGACCAGGUCCCCAUCGAGAUCCCGCUCUCGCUCUCCGUAUCGUGACAGCAUGAGCCAUAAACGCAGACAUGAUGAUGCCCAUGAUGACUACGAAAACCGUCAUCUUCGAUACGACCCUUCGCGACGCUACGGAUCUAGGCACGGCGAUAGACAUCAUGACCGAGCUCCUCCCAGCCGUCGGCCAAAGUCAUACCACGAUUAUGACCACGAAGAACCAUACGGAAAAGGUUUACGAUACAGUGAUGACUUCGACCAACGCAAGGACAAGCGGCAACGGACCCGCAGCCGCUCUCCUUAUCGUGAAGUGAGAAAGCCCAAGCAAUACUCAGGUGAUGAACAUGGUUCGAAGGUGGACUUUGCCAGACCUUCAGCGGAUUCCGAAAGACACAAUCCUGCUGAUCAAUUAGUGAGCGAACGAGCAAAGACCUCUGCCGUUCCAGAUUCAAAGCUUGGUGCUGAAACACGAGAGAACCAGGUGCAGGCUUCUUCUAAACCUCAGGCUUCUGUUUCUAAUGAGUACGUUGCUAUGGCUCCUCGUCCACGGGAUUUUAUCAUUGACAUUCACUACAGAGGGAGUGCCCCUAACGCGGAUACUGAGCACGAGUCAGUGCUAGCUGAGCCAGUCAACGAAGAAGAUGCGCUUGAAGCUCGCCGGAAGCGCCGUGAAGCCAUUCGGGCGAAAUACCGAAGUCAAGCGACACCGCUGCACCUCAAAGCCCUGAACGUUGGUGGAAGUGAGACAGAUGCCUCCACGCCUGGCACUGAGCCAACUAGCGCAAAGGAAACAUCAGGUAUUCUUCAUCUUCGAAUGAGUUGUGCAUCAACGUAUCUGACGUGUUCUCAUUCAGACUCUCCGCGAGCCUCGCCCUUCGAACAGUCCAAUGAAUCAUUUCUUGGUCUUGGUAUUGGACAAGAUACAGACUUAGCCAAUUCGGGUGCUCCUGUGAACAUUUCUGGCCAAGACGAGCCAUCUGCUGCUGAUUAUGAUCCUACUCUUGAUAUGAAAGAAGAAAGGCAGAAACAUGGCAACGUACAGAUCGAGAAAGACGAUGUUUCUUCUGCGGCAUACGAUGAAAUUCAAACUGCCAAGCAGGACAUUCCACUUCUCGAUGCGGCGCCAGUGCCAGCCAAAAAGACGCAUACUUUCGAUAUGUUUGCAGAUGACGACGACGACAUGUUUGCCGAGGAAACAAGUGACACCCAGCCAGCGGAUUCCUCGAACAUGACCGCGCCCCAGGGCAAGGAAUUGGAUGUCAAUAUGCUGGAUAAUUGGGACGACGCAGAAGGUUAUUACAGCAUUCGACUCGGUGAGCUCAUCAACGGACGGUACCAUGUCCAGCAAACAUUAGGCAAGGGAGUUUUCUCCGCCGUCGUGCGUGCGACCGAUACGAAAACAGGGGGUGUGGUAGCCGUCAAGAUGAUUCGGCAGAACGAUACCAUGCGCAAGGAGGGUAUGAAGGAGAUCGGGAUCCUGCAGCAAUUGCAAGAGGCCGACCCAGAGGGCAAAAAGCAUGUCAUCAAGUUUGACCGAUAUUUCGAGCACAAGGGCCACCUGUGCCUGGUAUUUGAAAACCUCAGCAUGAACUUACGUGAACUCCUGAAAAAGUUUGGCAGAGAUGUCGGUCUGAACCUGCGGGCGAUUCGGGCCUACGGCCAACAGAUGUUCCUCGCGCUGAGUCUCUUUCGCCAGUGUAACAUCCUGCAUGCAGAUCUAAAACCAGAUAACAUUCUGGUGAACGAACAACGUAAUAUUCUGAAAAUUUGUGAUUUGGGCUCGGCGUUCCUGGCAUCCGACACCCCGACUGCGCCAUAUCUCGUCAGUCGGUUCUACCGUGCACCGGAAGUCAUGCUGGGUAUCCCCUACGACUACGCUAUUGAUGUCUGGGCUAUUGGUUGUACGCUCUUCGAGCUCUACACUGGCAAGAUACUCUUCACCGGCCGAGACAACAACCAGAUGCUACGCGCGAUUAUGGAAUGUCGGGGCAAAUACCCACCGAAGCUUCUUCGCCGUGGGGCCCUGACUCCCCAUCACUUUGACGAAAAGCUUAACUUUUGUAGCCUCGAGCAAGACAAAAUCACAGGAGUCCUGAAACCCAAGCUUGUGGAUUUCAAAAAGCCAACACGCGAUCUCAAGACUCGGCUGAUGGGACAAGGAACGCGCGGGAUGUCGGACAUUGAAGCCAAAGAUCUGGCCUCGUUCUUGGACUUCCUUGACAAAUGCUUGAGUCUCAACCCGGAAAAAAGGAUCACGCCGAACGACGCUUUGAAACAUCCGUUCCUGGCGCGCAGGGUGUAG